AUGGGCGACCUGGAGCCCGGUGGCCUCGGCCGGUAUAUGGAGCACAAGUCCAUGGUAACGGCCAUGGACAAGUUUGUCAUGAGCGACAUCAACACAGGCCCGUUCGAGCUCUGCAAGUUCAUGCACAUGGCACCUCUCAUCCAAAGUGAACGUCGAAUCGUUGACGAGGCUUUCCAGGCUUACGCCGCCAUCGCCUUAUUCUACCAGACGGAAGAGUUUCUUGCUUCCGAGCACGGCCUACCAUUCCGGUCUUCCCUGCUGUUUGACCAAGAAGAAAGAGCUAAGCGAACCCCUGAUCGAAGAAGCCAUGUCAGCAAUCCAUAUAUGCCAGCAGAGUUGUGGACAGAUCGAGAUGAGCUCCUGAGACGCAAUCAGCGAAGCAAGCUUGAUCCUGUCUACGAUAUUUACCCGAUAGAAUGGCGUAAAAGGAUACGUACCGUGGUUAUGACCUUGUACAAAGCCGGCAUCAUACAAAGUGCUUACACACCCCAAGUUAAAGGUGUUGCAACUGCCGCCGCCGAACCCAACCGCGCGCUAGAUUUCUACCUUGAUUUCCGAGCCCAAUCCAGACCUAAAUUCAAGGCUGUCUUGGCGGAUCCUACACCCUUGAAUCGCGACUACAUAGUCAAGGCGGCAAACAAGUUCGCGGCUCAGCAUGGCUCUGCCAGGUUUUCGGCGCUGCGACUGUGGUCUGCUCCGCACUUUUACCCAAUGCAAGCUAGUGGGAAUGAGACAUUCGCAGACGAUCGCGGCAGGUACUGGGCUUGGAGAUACAUGCCUAAGGACUCGCCACUCAGUGAGUGGAACACGCACAAGAUCGUGAGUGACAUGAUGGAGCAAUACAGACGGAUAUGGGGAAACCAGGUGAGAGUUGCCAGGGAUCUGAUCCUGGUCAUGGGCAAGGACGCAGACGAGUGUCGGAGGCUCAGUGAAGGGGUGACGUGGGCUACGCAGACGCGCAGGGUGUAUGAGAUGGACUUUUGGCGAAGCUUUGUAAACGUAGACGCCGGCUUCCUGGAAAGGUUGCAUCCUGUAUGGCUUUCGUAG